AGGAGGGCGGGAGACAAGCAAGGCGUGGGGAGAAGUGGGGAGGAGGGGAGCACGGGGAGCGCACAGCCUGGACGCGUGCGCAGGCGUCAGGCGCAUAGACCUGCUAGCCCCUCAGCUAGCGGCCCCGCCCGCGCUUAGCAUCACUAACUGGGCUAUAUAACCUGAGCGCCCGCGCGGCCAGGACACGAGGAAUUCGCCCACGCAGGAGGCACGGCGUCCGGAGGCCCCAAGGUUAUGAGACUAUCACUGCUCAGGACCUACUAACAACAAAGGAAAUCGAAACAUGACCAAAUCGUACAGCGAGAGUGGGCUGAUGGGCGAGCCUCAGCCCCAAGGUCCUCCAAGCUGGACAGACGAGUGUCUCAGUUCUCAGGACGAGGAGCACGAGGCAGACAAGAAGGAGGACGACCUCGAAGCCAUGAACGCAGAGGAGGACUCACUGAGGAACGGGGGAGAGGAGGAGGACGAAGAUGAGGACCUGGAAGAGGAGGAAGAAGAGGAAGAGGAGGAUGACGAUCAAAAGCCCAAGAGACGCGGCCCCAAAAAGAAGAAGAUGACCAAGGCUCGCCUGGAGCGUUUUAAAUUGAGACGCAUGAAGGCUAACGCCCGGGAGCGGAACCGCAUGCACGGACUGAACGCGGCGCUAGACAACCUGCGCAAGGUGGUGCCUUGCUAUUCUAAGACGCAGAAGCUGUCCAAAAUCGAGACUCUGCGCUUGGCCAAGAACUACAUCUGGGCUCUGUCGGAGAUCCUGCGCUCAGGCAAAAGCCCAGACCUGGUCUCCUUCGUUCAGACGCUUUGCAAGGGCUUAUCCCAACCCACCACCAACCUGGUUGCGGGCUGCCUGCAACUCAAUCCUCGGACUUUUCUGCCUGAGCAGAACCAGGACAUGCCCCCGCACCUGCCGACGGCCAGCGCUUCCUUCCCUGUACACCCCUACUCCUACCAGUCGCCUGGGCUGCCCAGUCCGCCUUACGGUACCAUGGACAGCUCCCAUGUCUUCCACGUUAAGCCGCCGCCGCACGCCUACAGCGCAGCGCUGGAGCCCUUCUUUGAAAGCCCUCUGACUGAUUGCACCAGCCCUUCCUUUGAUGGACCCCUCAGCCCGCCGCUCAGCAUCAAUGGCAACUUCUCUUUCAAACACGAACCGUCCGCCGAGUUUGAGAAAAAUUAUGCCUUUACCAUGCACUAUCCUGCAGCGACCCUGGCAGGGGCCCAAAGCCACGGAUCAAUCUUCUCAGGCACCGCUGCCCCUCGCUGCGAGAUCCCCAUAGACAAUAUUAUGUCCUUCGAUAGCCAUUCACAUCAUGAGCGAGUCAUGAGUGCCCAGCUCAAUGCCAUCUUUCAUGAUUAGAGGCACGCCAGUUUCACCAUUUCCGGGAAACGAACCCACUGUGCUUACAGUGACUGUCGUGUUUACAAAAGGCAGCCCUUUGGGUACUACUGCUGCAAAGUGCAAAUACUCCAAGCUUCAAGUGAUAUAUGUAUUUAUUGUCAUUACUGCCUUUGGAAGAAACAGGGGAUCAAAGUUCCUGUUCACCUUAUGUAUUAUUUUCUAUAGCUCUUCUAUUUAAAAAAAAAUACAGUAAAGUUAAAAAAAAUACACCACGAAUUUGGUGUAGCUGUAUUCAGAUCGUAUUAAUUAUCUGAUCGGGAUAACAAAAUCACAAGCAAUAAUUAGGAUCUAUGCAAUUUUUAAACUAGUAAUGGGCCAAUUAAAAUAUAUAUAAAUAUAUAUUUUUCAACCAGCAUUUUACUACUUGUUACCUUUCCCAUGCUGAAUUAUUUUGUUGUGAUUUUGUACAGAAUUUUUAAUGACUUUUUAUAAUGUGGAUUUCCUAUUUUAAAACCAUGCAGCUUCAUCAAUUUUUAUACAUAUCAGAAAAGUAGAAUUAUAUCUAAUUUAUACAAAAUAAUUUAACUAAUUUAAACCAGCAGAAAAGUGCUUAGAAAGUUAUUGUGUUGCCUUAGCACUUCUUUCCUCUCCAAUUGUAAAAAAAAAAAAAUUGCACAAUUUGAGCAAUUCAUUUCACUUUAAA